AUGCUGGGAUCUGAACGUGGUGUUGUGGAAGAAUGGUUAUCAGAAUUCAAGACAUUACCUGACACUCAGAUCACCAAUUAUGCAGCAACUUUACACCGGAAAAAAACACUGGUACCAGCCCUCUACAAAGUUAUUCAAGAUUCAAAUAAUGAGCUCCUGGAACCCGUAUGCCACCAGCUCUUUGAGCUCUAUCGCAGCUCUGAAGUUCGACUUAAGAGGUUCACACUGCAGUUCUUACCAGAAUUGAUAUGGGUUUAUCUGCGGCUUACUGUUAGCAGAGACAGACAAAGUAAUGGUUGUAUUGAAGCUCUUCUGUUAGGAAUUUACAAUUUGGAAAUUGCUGAUAAAGAUGGAAACAAUAAAGUUCUCUCUUUCACUAUACCUUCCUUAUCUAAGCCUUCAAUAUACCAUGAGCCCUCAACAAUUGGAUCCAUGGCUUUAACAGAAGGGGCAUUGUGCCAGCAUGAUCUCCUCAGGGUUGUUUAUUGUGAUCUUCAUCCUCAGAGGGAAACAUUCACAGCACAGAACCGGUUUGAAGUCCUGAGUUUUCUCAUGCUGUGCUAUAACUCUGCUAUUGUGUAUAUGCCUGCCUCAUCAUACCAAUCCCUUUGUCGGAUGGGCUCCAGGGUGUGUGUUAGUGGGUUUCCACGACAACACGACAAACAAUGGAAAGAACUCUGUGGUCGAAUAGUAUUGGAUCCUGAAUUUAUGGUGCAACUUCUCACAGGGGUCUAUUAUGCCAUGUAUAAUGGACAAUGGGACCUUGGCCAGGAAGUCCUUGAUGAUAUCAUUUACAGAGCUCAGCUAGAACUUUUUUCUCAACCAUUAUUGGUUGCCAAUGCCAUGAAAAACUCAUUACCAUUUGAUGCUCCUGAUUCUUCACAAGAAGGCCAGAAAGUACUUAAAGUAGAAGUCACUCCAACAGUGCCGAGGAUUUCUCGUACUGCAAUUACAACAGCUUCAAUUCGUCGUCAUCGGUGGAGGAGAGAAGGUGCAGAGGGUGUAAAUGGUGGCGACGAAUCUGUAAACCUGAAUGAUGCAGAUGAAGGAUUUUCAUCAGGGGUUUCCCUCAGCAGUCAGCCAGUUGGGACCAAACCAUCCUCCUCCUCUCAGAGAGGAAGCUUAAGGAAAGUAGCAACUGGACGUUCGGCCAAGGAUAAAGAAACAACCUCUGCAAUCAAACCCAAUGAAAGUCCUCGAGAUUCAGUAGUUCGCAAGCAGUAUGUACAGCAACCAGCUGAUCUUAGCGUAGAUUCAAUUGAGCUGACACCGAUGAAGAAACACCUGAGCCUGCCUGCUGGCCAGGUGGUGCCAAAAACCAAUAGUUUAAGUCUAAUCCGGACAGCCAGUGCUUCCUCAAGUAAAUCUUUUGACUAUGUAAAUGGCAGCCAAGCAAGUACCAGCAUCGGGGUUGGCACUGAGGGAGUUACUAAUUUAGUCGGUAACAAUGCUAAUCGUUAUUCAACUAUCAGUCUGCAGGAAGACCGGCUAGGUCAAGCUGGAGAAGGUAAAGAUCUCCUCAGCCCAGGAGCCCCCUUAACCAAGCAGUCCCGAUCCCCAAGUUUCAAUAUGCAGCUAAUAUCCCAGGUGUAGCUUUGACAUCCUCUCUCCUCUUUCUGCUUACCUUUUAAACUGAACAUUUCAUUGUGCAAGAAGACACUUCAUCCCACAUUGUGAAACUAUUGGUCAUUGUAAUCAGAUUUGAUUUAGUGUAGGUAUCCUCAUACUGUAUUUUAUAUGGAAACAGCAAUAAGGUUUUCUUUUUUCUCCUCUCUCUCUCUUCCACCUCUUCCUUGUAAAUGUGUUUGUGAAGCAGUGUAAAAUGUAUGCCUUUCCCUUGCCUUUCUUUCUCCUUGGGUGACGUGCAAUCCAUCGUAGGCUGAUCAGUCCCAUUUCAACACUGUGAGACUGAGGAUAUAUUAGAGGAAAUGGUGUAUAUGAUCCCUAUGAAAUGAUUCUUUGGCUUUGUUUUUAAAAAAAAACAACAAAAAAAAAAACGGGUUUGUUCUCAUAAUCUAUAGAGCUAUGAAGAUUACUGGAUCAUAUGUUUUUCUCUCUUAACCAGGAGUGCCUCAGAGUUUCUGCUAUGACUUUGGACUUCUCUGAGUCUGUGCAAUUGUUUUCUUGAGAACACGGGGAAAGGUGGCCAAAUGCUGUAUUUUUCAUUAAAAUGAGGGUAGCUUUUUAUUUUCCCCAUCUCUUUUCCCUCAUUUCCUUUAUCCUGAGGACCUAAAUGUUCAAUCCUGAGGCAUUCAAAUCAAGUUGUGGCCUCCUCUGUUUGAGAGGGGGUGCUAAGCUGAUUCUGUAGUUGAUAAUGCACUUUCAAUGGCUUUAUAGUCAUAAUGAACAUGUCUUCCCUCCUCCCCAUAAGGACAUAGGGUCGUUUCUGUUCUUAAAGUUUGAACAACUAAUAAAUCAGAGCAUCCAAGGGGCAUGUUCUAUUUCCCAGGAAUGAUUGACACUUUGGUGCUGGGGUUUUGUGGGGGGAGGGGUGGUUUUUGUUUAGCUUGUGUGGGACUGUGUGUGUGUAGAGGAUAUUUUGCUUGGUUUCUUUGUUGUUUGUUUUCCUUUGUGAGUUGAUGAUGACUGAAGUAGAACAAGUACAUCUUCAGGUAAAGAGAGGGAUUUCUCAAUCCACUUUCUGUGAUGUCAGACUAUUGGAGAAACCCUUUCAGCUGCUUUCUAGAUGUACCUUAAUUCAGUCAGAUUUUGGAUUAAGAAACCUGAAGUCCUGAUAGAACAUAUAUAUAUACUCCAAGGAAAUACAUCAGGGACAGAUAAUUGGCUGAAAACACUGACGCUUCAAUGUUGACACAUUUUUAUAGAACAUUUCUACCAGGGAGUACUGACUUGAUUUCUCCUACAAGGACCACACUGCCUUUGUGUUUAAUGUAAUGCAAUUUGUGUACCUUCUAAUCAUGUAUACCUGCAGAAGUUCCUCAUUUUUAUAAAAAUUUGAAAUCAUGCCAAUAAGCUAGUUGUUGAAUGUAUGUAUGUAAGUAGCAUUUGGUAAUAGUGCUAAGAGGCUACAAAAAUACAUUAUUGGUUAAAAAGAACUUUUUUUUUUUAGUUCUGAUUUGGUAGGAUAUGUAACCUCUUCUGGAUCUCAGGCUCUACUGCUUGAAACAGAAGGGAAUCUACUGGGGGUUUGGAAAUCGCUGAAUUGUGAGUUGAGGUGUCUUAAGUUAUCCUUCCAUGAAACACAUCAGAGCUUUUAGUGCUUUGUACAUAUAGGCAUUUUUACUUUAUUAUUGUGAAAAAUUGUGUACUGAAUUUAUAGAAAUCAAGUAUUCUCCUAAUUUGAAGUCAAAAAUUUUAACUUUACCAAUUAAAAUUGCAAUAGAUUUUGAUUAAUAA